UGGACGAUAGAUGAUAACAAGUAAGACUGGUUUCUGAGUUUUACAGCUGGGGUGGACGAGGCUAAGCAUCAGGCCUGCCUGUUCCCUCAUUAUCACAUGUGUGCAUAUGUUAUCCCUCUGUAUUCUUUGUCACAUUCACCCUCCUUGUAGGUGAUAUUUCUGUCAGUCAGUCAGUAUUAUGUCCAUUUAUUGUUUAUUGGGUAUUUUGACUUUGUUGCUCUCCACCCUUUUUAAAGCUGUGAUUGUGAGUUCAGUUCUGUGUUGCCGAGUCCUUAUUUUGGGUCCACAGCUCUGCCUGCCACACACCUGCAGCUAUGACAUAAAUAAACAAAGAAAUACAUAAGAAAGUAGUCGUCUGCUGAGCAAAAGUGAAGACAGCACCUCCAACAGCAAAGCUGCUGCCUCCCUGCCAGACUCCUUUCUUUGGGCUGCUGGAUUUUCGAUAAUCCAUCGUUCCUAGCAGCUGUUUUGUUUUAAGGAUGUCUCCAGUCCCAACAGCAACAGACAGGUCCACUCCCCUUUUGCUAUAAAUGUAGAAUGGGUGGAAUCUGUCUCCACCUUUGGGUUUCUAAAUGCCCACAUGUCCACCGAUCUCACCUGGAACCACAACACCGUCUCCCUGGUAGAGAAGGCCCAGCAGCGUGCUCUCCUACUGCCUGGGUGUUUGGUACGCAGGGGCCACAAGUGAGAACAGGAAGGAUGUGCAGAGGGUAAUUACAGCACCCAAAAAAUCAUUGGCUUCCCUCUACCACCCCUGGAGGCCAUCACUAGGUCCUGAUGUCUCAAGAAAACCAGGUUACCCCUCACACGCCGCCCACCACCUGUUUGGCCUGCUGCCUUCCUGUCAGCACCUCAGGUCAAUCACGUCCACACCUCCAGACUCACUAACAGCUCCUAAAAGGGCCAUUUGGACAUUUGGACACUAUCACCCCACCCCUGCCCACCCACCUAUCAGAGCCAUGGUCCAUUAUACAAGCACUUUGCAACCUGUUCUCUAAUGUGUGCCUUCCUCCUGGUGUGGAGCACCCGUAAUUUCAUUAUAGAUAUAAUUUCAAUGAAGGGCUAUUCUAUUUUAUUGUAUUCUAUUUUAUUGUAUGCAUUGCUGGAGACUUGUUGGUAGCGCCAAACUCUCCGUUACCGUUUUCCUCUGUGCUAGGCAGAGAUUGUAAUUUUGCUGUCUGUCUCAUUCAGAAAGUGGGGGAUGCAGGUUCCUUCUUUUAUAUCCCUCUUUUGCAAAAUGCAAUACUGAACCCUCCUGGCACUAAUGUGCAGCUGAAGCUUUUCUGACACCAGGGGUGCCUGCAGCAAAUGCAGCAGCAUAUAUUCCUUUCACCAGGUUUCUUCGUGCACAGUUUCUCUUUUAUGCAAAAUGCAGCUGCAAACCUUUCUGACACUGGGUUGCAAUGGACAUUACAGGCAGAGGGUGUCCAGUUAAUCACUCCGCCGCCCUUCCUUUGCAAUAUUUAGCAGCAAACUUCUCUGGUACCAGGAUUCUCCAUCAUCUAUCCUUCCUCACAAAAUGCAGCAGUGCACAUUGUGGGCACUGUGUUGGAACACAAAAGGAGGAGAAGUUUUGGCUGUAGCUGUCUCAGCUUUCACAGUAGCUCAACAUUGAACUUUUAAUAUUUAAUAGAGUAACCUGAUUAUAAAUUCGAGUAGCAGAAACAAAGUCAGAACACAAAAGAAUAAAAAUAAAAAUGAUAAGCUACUUUGUUGGCUCCAGCAAACAUUCAUUAUGGUGUUUAUUUUUCAGAAACAUGGCUGACCAGACAUCGGCUAACAGAUUGACCGUGGAUGGCUGUCAUCCGGUCAACACAUCAGUCCACGCUUUCUUUAUCCUGAUCUACAGCCUCGUGUUUCUGGUGGGUUUACUCCUCAACAGCUACACCAUGAAGUUUUACUUCUGUCGAGCUCAUCAUCGGGUAUCCAGCAGCCUGACAGUCUACCUGAAGAACCUGACGGCUGCUGACUUCCUGCUCUGCCUCAGCCUGCCUAUCCGCAUCACCAACUACGCCAGCAGCUCCACCACCAUCCACCAACUCCACUGCAGCAUUGGAAUCCCUGUGCUAUACUUUAACAUGUACGCCAGCAUCCUGUUCAUGGGGUACAUUGCUGCUAACAGGUAUCUGAAGAUCAUCCAUCCAUCAGGAACUCACAUGUUGCAGACAGUACGAGCUGCAAAAAUCCUCUCCGGGAUCACCUGGGCUUGUCUCCUGGCCCCAACAAUCAGCUUCAUCACCACAUUUUUCAUCACCCAAAAACCUCAGAUCUCUGACCUCAGACACUGUGACUCCGUCUUCAGUGCAUCUGCCAGCCUGCUCGGAAAGGGCAUCCACACCUGUUUGGGGAUCAUCUUCCUGGUGGUCCUAAUAUCCCUGGUCUUCUUCUAUUACAACACCUCCCGCAGGGUGUUGCUGGCACAGCAGAGGCAAUUCUCCAGCUCCAACUCCAAGAAGCUUGUGAAGUCUCGCAAGAACAUGUUGCUGCUGGUGUGCGUCUUCUGUGUUUGCUUCAUCCCCUACCACCUGGUUCGCCUUCCCUACAUUUUUCUGUUGAAUAGCCACUCCCUGGUCUCUGUGGUUCUAUUCUAUCUGAAUGAAGUGACCAUCAUGAUAUCGGUUUUCAAUGUGUGUCUGGAUCCUCUUAUCUACUGUUUUCUCUGUAAGGCUUUUCGGGCCCAGGUGAACUUGAGGAUGCCAUCCAGGUUUGCACAGAUCAACAUCCAACCAGUAAAUAAGGAGAGGAAGAGCAGCGAGGAGCAGCUGGACACGCUUACACCAGUGACAAUGAUUCAAACCAGUGAGCUGUAGAGAACAGGUGAUCUUUGUCUGAGAGUCAGAUAAGACGAGUGAACCAAGAAUCGGGUAGCUCAAGACAUCAUGAACAACAGGAGCUUCUGCUGUUAGGAAUAAAAUGAUUAAAUAAAGCUCUUUUUAUUAUCUUUAUAUACACAUUGCUGUGUGCUCAUUAAAGAGGCGGCACUCCAUGUAAUAAGGGUCAAACUUUGAUUCGGCGCUAUGACUGAAUUGAAUUAUUGUCAAUGACAUGUAGAGGAGAAGAAGGGAUUUUUGCAAACAUGCUUACACAUCAUAACUGGUUAAAGUCAGGGUGAUAUUUUUUCUGGGUCAAGUUCUGGUUCAUGUCUGACCGAGACGAGGUCAGAGAGAAGAUAUGCAAGAGAGGAGCACCAUGUUGCUUCCUAGAAGAAGACAGUCAUAAUAAUAGAUGUUUUUGUUUUAGUAUUGAAGUGUAUUGCCCACCCUGAGGGUCAUCUUUGUGUGAAGCAGACUGCUGGUUUCACAUCGAGGUCUGUAACUUGUAAUUUCAACUGCUGAAGCAAAUUAAAUCUUUUAAAAAACA